AUGAAUAUUGAGAAAGUUUUUGAGUCCAUAUCACUGGAGGAGGAGGAGGUACCUUUUAACCUACCGGAUUUACCUCAAUUCAGCGCUGUGGAGAGGAAUAAGAUGAGUAUAAUGGGAAGAACUUUAAACCCAGAAAGUCAAAAUAUCAGUGAUCUGAUUUUGGAUAUGCCAAGGAAGUGGCAAAUAUAUGAUAGAGUUAAAGGGAUUGUUCUAUCGAAAACGACUUUCCAGUUUGUGUUCAAGUUCGAACAUGACCUUGAAGAAGUGAUGAGGAAACGGGUGUGGACGUUUAAUGAAUGGAGCAUUGUGAUUGAUCGGUGGGUAGAGAAGCCACCUGAAGAUUACCUAAAGUAUUUGCUGGUGUGGGUGCAUAUUCGAAAUAUUCCGGUGAAUCACUGUACUGCAGAAGCUAUUGAAGCCUUUGGGGAUUUGAUCGGGAGGGUGGAUGUGGUUGCUUUUGAUCCAAACAAAGCUCAAAGCCAUGACUAUGUGCGGGUCAGAGUGUUUUUUGAUGUGUCACGACCAGUGAGAAAGGAGAAGGUUAUUAAUUUACCUGGAGGUGGCUCUGUUACUCUUCGUUAUGAUUUCGAGAGGAUUCAGAAGCGAUGCUAUCACUGCCAACGAUUGACCCAUGAAAAAGAUAAAUGUCCUUUGCUUAUUCAGGCGAGAAGGGAGCAAUCUGAUGCGAGGAGACAGAGAGUUGUGGCAGCGAAACAGAGCAGUGAACACUGUAUUCAGAAGAAUGACCCCCUCUAUGGAGUUCUGUCUGAUGACCAAGUGGGCAUUGAUAGGGCUACAGGAAGAAGUAAAAUCAAUCCUGAUGUGUUGCAGAACAUGAGAGAGUAUAUCCUGGCCGCAGAUGGUGGUGAAAAGCGGGUGCGGGAAGAACGCGUGAGACAGUCUAUCCUGGAUUUGGAGAAGAAUCCUAGGGGUCAAAAAGAAUUUCUGAGGCUAGAGCCGGCUCCAGUUGUCAUUUUAGAUGUGAACAGGGAGAAAGGUUUGAUAUUUGACUAUUCCGGCAAGGACUGCGAGAAGGCUAGAGAGGAGAAAGAAGGGAGCAGAACGAGUGAUGUUUCACGCGGGAAUUUUAAUUCGAAUGGGAAGGAUCAGAUUUUUUCAACACCAAGUGGAUCUAUUGAAUGUUCAACGGGUUUUAGUGCGGGUUACACCGUGGCUAGCUCUUCCGGGACUUCAAGAUCAAAGGGCGGUGGUCGUCGACGUCCUCCAAGGAGACAAAGAACUUUCAAAUCCAAACCAACAGGCUCUGCAAAUAUUGGUGUAGAAGGUGAAGAGGACACACAAGAGAAUAUGGCUACUAAGAGAAGGGCAGAGGAAGUAGCAGGGAAUUAUGCAAAAAUCGCAAGGCGUACUAACUCAGAGGUGGUCCCAAAUGGGGGACUGCCGGAUCAGUAA